AAACGGCUAAAUCAGCAGCACACUCUCUGCAUCGAUCCUCGGCUCUCAGUUUUUCAUCUUUCUCAGCAAGCCAUGGCAUUCCCCUUCAUGGAAGCUGUUGUAGGUUUUAUGAUCUUGAUGUAUAUCUUUGAAACCUAUUUGAAUUUACGACAACAUGCUGCUCUCAAACUGCCAACUCUUCCAAGAACUUUGGAAGGAGUAAUCAGCCAAGAAAAAUUUGAAAAGUCUCGAGCUUACAGUCUUGAUAAGAGCUACUUCAAUUUUGUUCACGAGUUUGCGAAUAUACUGAUGGAGUCUGCAAUUUUGCUCUUUGGUGUAUUACCUUGGUUUUGGAAGAAAUCAGGAGAUUUCUUGCUUUUUGCUGGUCUCAAUGCAGAAAAUGAAAUACUUCAUACUCUUGCUUUUCUGGCUGGUGUGAUGAUAUGGUCACAGAUCACUGACCUGCCAUUUUCUCUCUAUUCAACUUUUGUGAUUGAGGCUCGCCACGGUUUCAACAAACAAACAAUAUUGUUGUUCUUCAGGGACCUCUUCAAAGGAAUGUGCCUUGCUAUUAUACUUGGUCCACCUAUUGUUUCUGCAAUUAUUGUAAUAGUGCAGAAAGGAGGCCCUUAUCUGGCUAUCUAUCUUUGGGCGUUUAUGUUUGUCCUUUCUCUUGUGAUGAUGACACUGUACCCUCUUCUGAUAGCCCCACUCUUUAACAAGUUCACCCCUCUUCAACAAGGUGAGCUUAGAGAGAAAAUUGAGAAACUUGCAGCCUCUCUCAAUUUCCCUUUAAAGAAAUUGUUCGUUGUUGAUGGAUCCACAAGGUCAAACCACAGCAAUGCCUAUAUGUAUGGAUUCUAUAAGAACAAGCGUAUAGUCCUUUAUGACACAUUGAUUCAGCAGUGCAAAGAUGAUGAGGAAAUUGUCGCUGUCCUAGCUCAUGAACUGGGGCAUUGGAAACUUAACCAUACCAUGUACUCAUUCAUUGCUGUGCAGAUUCUUACAUUGUUGCAAUUUGGAGGAUAUACGCUUGUCAGGAAUUCAACUGAUCUCUUCCGAAGUUUUGGAUUUGACACACAGCCUGUACUCAUUGGCCUCAUCAUAUUUCAGCAUACUGUAAUACCACUCCAACACCUUGUAAGCUUUGGUCUUAAUCUUGUAAGCCGAUCUUUUGAGUUCCAGGCUGAUGCCUUUGCCAAGAAGCUUGGCUACUCCUCUCCUUUACGUGCUGCUCUUGUGAAGCUGCAGGAAGAAAAUCUGUCAGCUAUGAAUACAGAUCCAUGGUACUCUGCUUAUCAUUACUCUCAUCCUCCCCUUGUCGAGAGACUGGCUGCACUCGAUGAAUCUGGCAAAAAGACUGAUUGAUAUCAGAUUUGGACAAGGCUAUAGGGUGCCAACAUCAAAUUUUUUUAAUUUCAAUGUAACGUUUUCAGCUUACACCGCCUGCCCCUUAAAUCACUUCUAUAACUAGUCAGAGGUGCAGUUUACAGGAAAAUCUCCAAUCAAGCAGGAGAAAGUAAGGUACCUGAAACUUUUGAACAAAAGAACAUCGUCCUGUUAUAUCUCCAAUGGUUGCAUGAGAGCUAAUCAUAGAAUCUAAACUGUUCAAUCUUUUUCACCCAUAUUUGCAUGUGGGUUUGAUCUUAGGAGCCACUGGAGACACCUCUGCCUUUUGACAUUCUGUGAGCGAAUUUCAAUACAAAACUAGUGUAUGAUUGGUUUAAGCUUCUAAAGUUGGGGGAAGUGGAGUUUUUCAAAAAUGGGUUUUUUGAAUUUUUUUAAGAGUUAUCAGUUUUGCAGUUUGAGUUAAUGUCGUACUACUUAUAUGUUUUAUAGUUAGGAAAAUAAUUUUGGAAUAACUUU